AUGGAGAAAAGGGAUGUAUUUUCUUGGAAUGUGUUGGUGGGUGGGUAUGCAAAAGCAGGGUUUUUAGAUGAGGCAUUGGAUUUGUAUUAUAGGAUGUUGUGGGUUGGUAUUAAGCCUGAUGUGUAUACUUUUCCUUGUGUUUUGAGGACUUGUGGUGGUGUACCGGACUUGAUUAGGGGAAGGGAGGUUCAUAUGCAUGUGUUAAGAUUUGGGUUUGAGUCAGAUGUGGAUGUGGUGAAUGCAUUGAUUACCAUGUAUGUGAAAUGUGGUGAUGUUCAAAGUGCACAGUUAGUGUUUGCUCUUUGUGAAAACAUGGAAGAAAUGGAGCAAAAAUUGAAGGACCUUAACAUAAAGUACAAAAAGAGAACAGUGGAGGAUGUAGAAAACUGGACAAAGAUUGAUAAACUUUGCUUUAAUGACCCGAGUGGGUUCAUGAUUGAGAUAUGUAAUUGUGAGAAUCUCAAGCUUGUUCCAGCAGGUUCAUUAGGCAAAAUAAAGCUUCCAGAUGAUAGACACAAUCCACCUGUUGAAUUGGAAAAUAGUGAUGAUACAAAAUAA